AUGCAGCUGAAGCUGGCUCUGUCACCGCCGGUGUGGAUGCUGAUGCUGAUGCUGAUGGUGAUGUGCUGCUGGAGUUUGGUCUCCGGUGCGGCGCGCAGUGAAGCGGAGGCUCCUCACGGGGACACGCUGGACUUCGGCUUUGUCCCGGCGGUGGUGUACGAGACACACGCGUACUAUGAGCCCGGAGCCGUGGACAUGCUCUUUCACAUAGUACACGCGUUUCUCUACACGGUACAGCCAAACCCUUUCCCAGCAGUUGGUUUUCAGGGAGCAGAUUUUGGCUGUGACCAGAUUGGCUCUCGUCUCCUUCAGCCUGCUCAGGUGUGUGAUGUGCUGAAAGGCUUCAUCAUGGUGCUGUGUUACUCCAUGAUGCACUACGUGGACUACUCCAUGAUGUACCAUCUGAUCAGGGGGCAGUCAGUCAUCAAACUCUACAUCAUCUACAACAUGCUGGAGGUGGCAGACCGAUUGUUUUCCUCCUUUGGCCAGGACAUUCUGGACGCUCUCUACUGGACAGCUACGGAGCCCAAAGAGAGAAAGAGAGCUCACAUAGGUGUAAUACCACACUUCUUCAUGGCUGUGCUUUAUGUCUUUCUUCAUGCCAUUCUGAUCAUGGUCCAGGCCACCACCCUAAACGUGGCAUUCAACUCCCACAACAAGUCUCUGCUGACCAUUAUGAUGUCCAACAAUUUUGUUGAGAUCAAGGGGAGCGUGUUUAAGAAGUUUGAGAAGAAUAACCUCUUUCAGAUGUCCAACAGUGAUAUCAAAGAAAGAUUCACAAACUACGUGCUCUUAUUAAUUGUAUGUCUUAGAAAUAUGGAGCAGUUCUCCUGGAACCCAGAUCAUCUGUGGGUGCUGCUUCCUGACGUGUUCAUGGUCAUUGCUUCGGAGAUGGCUGUGGAUGUGGUGAAACACGCCUUCAUCACCAAGUUUAAUGACAUCCCAGCAGAUGUGUAUGGUGAAUACAGAGCAAGCUUGGCUUUUGAUCUGGCCAGCAGUAGACAGAAAAAUGCCUAUACUGACUAUAGUGACAGUGUAUCAAGGAGAAUGGGCUUCAUCCCUCUUCCUCUAGCUCUACUGCUCAUCCGGGUGGUGACGAGCUCAGUGAAAAUUCAGGGUGCCCUCUCCCUCGUGUGUGUGAUACUUUUUUAUCUCGGAAUGAUCACGCUAAAGGUGCUGAAUAGCAUCGUGUUGCUGGGAAAGUCGUGUGUGUACGUGAAAGAAGCGAACAUGGAGGAGAAGCUGUUCCAGUCUCCCCCCUCCGCCGCUCCCAGCCGAGCAUCCAGCAGAGCUCAUCAUGCAAAACGCACACGAGAGCCAACAAGCGAGCCAGUGGAAGAGGGCGUUUCUCCGUCAGUUAUAAAUCAACCCGUCCACCAGAUGGAGAGCCCGGUGCCUAAUCUCCCAACCAGCGAAUCGGAUCAGUUCCUCACGACGCCGGACGAAUCGGAGGAGAAGAUCAUCACACAGGACGGGACAGAACUCAUCCACAGAGCUCCUAAGAAAGACCUGCUGGAGAUCGACCGUUUCACCAUCUGCGGGAACCGAAUCGACUGAUACUCUACACAAUGGACUGUAGAGAAUGACGAGAGCUAGAAGGUGUCUACUGGCUUGAGCUUAUGACCUUUUACCCUCUGUUCAAAGGAUCAGAGGUAGAAAUAGAGAGCAGGAUAUUUAUUAAGAAGUGCACCUAAUUUAUUUAAGUUUCGAACUGAAACACAUUCAUCAUUACCUGCUCCACCUCUACUGGACUCACGGAUAAUUCCGCCCUUUCCAAAGGUCCAUAUUUACUCCUUUACAUCACCAGGAACAGACCUUGACCUUCCCCUAUCCCAAAAGACAGAAAGAGUGACGGAUCACUUCGGUCAACAUCUAAACAAAAGACCAAUGUUUAUAUGAGGUCAGUCACGAGGAAAAACUUUAGGUCGUUAAUAUGUGGCUUUUUUUUUUUUGUCAUGCUCAGUUGCAUUUUCUUACAGCUCUGAAGUUUUGCACAUGUUUCUUUCUCAUUUAUUUUUUUUCUCAGUGAUUUUGAACCUAUUGAUUUAUACUUGUGCAGAAAUGACAGAUGAGUAGUGUAUAAAGUAAGACUUUAUGUAAAGGUUCCCUUCACUAGCAUGUAGCUAUGCAUUAACAUAUUUUUUUUUUAAAUCAGCAUUAACAAACCAUCCAACAAAGUAAACAAAGGCAACAAGGCAAUUUAAAAGAUGUGUUAAUAAACAUUCAUAAACAUGUUAUAAACAAAACACCCCCUGCAUUGACUUAAUUGGUUUAUUUAGUUCAUGAAUAAAAAAUAAUUAAACAAAAUUCAGCAAAAAAAUUAAAUAGCAUCAUGAUCCAUAACUCAAAUUUGAUGGGUUUAAAUGUUUGAGUAAUGCAGGUUGAAUAUCUGAAACAUCAAUUAAUGCAAAUAUUAGACAUUUUAUAGAAAUAUAAAUGAUAAAGUUCAUCACUGAUACAUUAAAUGUCCAUUUCAGGAACCUUACUGUAAAGUGUUACUGAUAAAGAGUACAGCAGCUCAGCUUUCUACAUCUGGAUCCAGAAAACCAGCAUUAGACUGAAAUAUCUCGUUUUUUCAUGGUUUUUAUUUUUAUUUAAUACAUUUUCUGAAGCAUCAGUUCGCACCACUGAAAUUAAGCACAAUUUGCUGCAGUGUAUCCAGAGUAGAAAUACAUCGGCUGUAUUGUUGUGCUGCUUUUAUUUUUUAUUUUAUUUUAUUUUUUAAAUACAACCAAGGCUAAAAAUGUCUUCAUUUCAGUGCUUCAGGUAUUUUUUUAAAUAUUUUUUCUGCCAGUCUUUAUUUAAGACUAACAUCUUGUGAAUAUCACGUUACACUUCCAUGCUUGUGAAUUGCACAUUCGUUUGCUUCAUAGACAUUAAACAUGUGUAGGGUUUUUUUUUUUUUUUCUGCAAUUGUUUUUUAAUAUACAGUCAAAUCAGACACCGAAUAAAACACUAUAGACGAAAUCCGGUGAGUUACUCGGCAGUUAAAAGCGUACACAAGUUCAAUUAGAAAGAGAUUUCAUGUAUAUAAUAAAAAGUCGAUUCUCUCCAAGUCCCCUGGAUAAACGAUCUCUCCUUGGUUUCUUUUAUUCUUCAAGCAUCUGAGAUAUUUGGAUCAUUUUCUGUGCAUUGAGUUGCUGUGUUUGUUUUCUCUUCAAUAUCUAAACAGAUAUUUCUCUAUAAAUGCCAAACAAUUAUUACUUUGUCGUACCAUUAAGGCUUCAACACGACGCCAAUCCCCUCAUACCUGUUACUGUCUGUCACUGUAACCCAGUGCUUUUAUACACCGUUAAUUCCAUGUUGCUGGACUUGCAGUGCUUUCAUAUUUGUUUUGGAUUUGAUGGAAGUUUGACAUAAAGGAUGUUUUGUUUGAAUGAGAUCGAGUUUUAAGUUGCUGUGGGGGAAAAAUAUAUCAACAAAUAUCAUUCGAUCCACAUAAAUUGUUCAGCUGUAGAAGGCUGGAAGUCGUAUUUAUUUAUUAAUUUUUUGAUGCCUGGUUGGUAAAAAUGUGCAUUACUUCAUCUCACACCAGUGCAACAUCUGUUAUAUAUCGAGAGAGAGAGAAAGAAUAUCUCUGACAAUUUGUGGUGUUUUCCUGACAUUUGAGCAAAUAACAUGAUCUUUAAUUAUUUCCUCUGCUGUGAAUGUUAAUUAUCUGAAGACGUACCGUGGAUCAAACUUAAUUUCAUGUUUAUAAAGCCCUUAGACUCUACUACAUUUUAUAUCUAAAAUGAUUUAUUCAAAUAAAUGACCGUAUCAACAGAAUAUUUCUCCAGCUUUGUAGUUCAGUGAUUACUGGAUCAUUAUAAAGUGAUUUAUCACGUCUCACCAUUUAUUUGCCAAAAGGUUUUUUUUAAUUUAAACAAAUUCUAAGAUUAAGAUUAUUGCAUCGAGUGUAUUGAAGCGUGAAAAUCAUUCUACAUGAUGCCGAGUGUCCAGCCUUCUACAUUUGUUAAACGCUGCUCUGAUUUUGAUUGAAGAUUUAGAUUUAUGUUUGUUUUUUGUAAUUUACUCAAAACCAGAACACUGUCAGUGACUUAAAUCAUCUUUCUGGAGUUGAAAAUUCAUUAAAAAUGCCUAAAGAUUCAGAAACCAAUAGGAACAAUAGGAUUUAGCCUAGACAAGCUGUCUUAUUACUUAUACACCUUCUAAGACUACCUUUAUUUUUGUCUUUAUACCAGCAUAGAUCUCAUAGAUCAAAUUUUCCAUUAAGAACAUGUAUAUUUUGAGGAUUUUUUAAAAAUCUGUUUGAUUUACUGGAUGUUUCUUUGUCUGCAUGAUGAAACUGUCCACAUCCUCGGUCAGUUUCGUCCAUCGAUUUGAUUUCAUGAUACGUUUUUUUUCUCUUUCUUUAGAAACCGAGCGAGAUUGUCACAUUAUUUUAUGAGAUAGAUUUUCAGGACAAAGGGUAGAGGACAUUGAGAUUGGAAGUGUGUUGGGGGAAUAAAUGUUUUG